ACUGAGCAUGCUCUGGACCACUUCGCUGGAGGAGAGAAAGGGAGAGAGGUUGGCAGAGAUGCCUUUGGUCUGAGGCUGCGCUGGUGGCUCCCUCCUCCCCUCUGGGUCAGGAUGGAAAAGGAUCCCCCCAUUCACAGGAGGCACCGGCCUGGUCCUGGAGCCCUGCCUUCAGGAAUAACCCCUGGAUACCUCAAGGUGGCCAGUGAGGGGGCUGAACUCCAGAGGAGCAGGAGUGUGGGUGGCUUGCACCAGAAGGGGGAUCCACCAGUCUGCAUCAGGAAACUACUACGUAAGGAGCUAGACUCUGAGGAUCCAAGAAAUGACACUGAUGACAUCAUCUGUCAGGUGAGCCUAGAGGAAGACAGAAAGAAAAAGAACCAGGAUGAGCCCGGAAAACUGGACCCAAAGUGUGGGAAAACAGAGCCAGAGAAGAGCAGCUCAGAGGCCAGCACCACAGAACAAGAUGAUGCCGGCAAAGGAAGAUGUACCUCAGUGGCCGAGGGACAAGAGCCAGAGUCCAUGAAGCUGAAUAACCUUCUAGAAAAACAGAAACCAUCUGUGUUUGUGGAGAUCGACCUGGGAGACCAUAUUGAAGAGGAGGUGGUCACCUGUGCCGUGAGAGAAGAGAAGAGGCUUCCAGUGGACACAGGGGACUUGUCAGAGGAUGAGACAAGGACCAGCUGGGUAUGCUGCAUCCCCUAUUCUACAAAGAAGAAGGCGAAGGAAGCUACCAGUGCUUUGGAGAAGGGCCAGAGUGACAGCAGCCAACGGAGACCCACGGCAGGGACCCUCCUCCAAUCCAAGGCCAAUCACAGUCCUAGGCACCAACUAUGCGGGACCAACGGGCAUGCCACCCCACCGGUGUCACAGAAUGUAAGCUCCAGCUAAUCGCUCACUAAAGGAAAACAACACCGUGUGAACGCCUCGCUGGAGUUACGAUGUCAUACGUAGGCAACCUCCAGGCCGCAGCUGGAGAGGAGAAAAGGCCAAAGUCACCUCUGAACUGUCCCCUCCCUGCACCCAUACCCUUGCUCCCCCAAGCCUUGGGCCACAGCCUUCCUUAGUACCUCUACCUGGAAGCCUGGUUCUCUAAGGAUGCUUGGGGAUGUGAACUCCCCCAAUCACUUUCCCAUGUGACCCCCCCCCACAAAAAAAAAAAAAAAACAAAGCAAAACAAUUCCUCAAA